UCCCCUGCCUCCAGGAUGCCGGAGGGCCCCGAGCUCCACUUGGCCAGCUGCUAUGUAAAUACUGUGUGCAAGGACCUGGUGUUUGCAGGUCGGGUGGAGAAGUCGGAGGUGAGCCGAAACCCCGAGGUGCCCUUCGAGAGCAGCGCCUACCUUAUCUCGGCCACCUCUCGGGGCAAGGAAGUACGGCUGACCCUGAGCCCGCUGCCCGAGGCCCGCCCCCCACAAGCUCCUCUGGACCUCGUGUUCCGCUUUGGCAUGUCCGGCUCCUUUCAGCUGGCCCCAGCCGAUGCUCUGCCCAAGCACGCCCACCUGCGCUUCUAUACAGUCUCUCCUGCGCCCCGCCAGGCGCUCUGCUUUGUGGAUGUCCGGCGCUUUGGCCACUGGGAGGUCCAGGGAACUUGGCAGCCUGGGCGAGGCCCCUGCGUUCUUCGGGAGUACGAGAAGUUCAGGGAGAACGUGCUCCAAAAUCUGGCUGACAAGACCUUCGACAAAGCCAUCUGUGAGGCUCUCCUGGACCAGCGCUUCUUCAAUGGCGUCGGCAACUACCUGCGGGCAGAGAUCCUCCACCGGCUGAAGAUCCCUCCCUUUGAGAAGGCCCGAACUGUCCUGGAGGCAUUGAAGCAUCGGAGGCAGGACCCAGAGCUGACCUUGAGCAAGAAGAUCAAGGCAAAACUAGAGAACCCGGACUUGCUGGAAUUGUGCCAUUCGGUGCCCAUGGAGGUGGUCCAGCUAGGAGGGAAAGGUUACGGGCCCGACAGGGAGGACGACGACUUCACAGCUUUCCGGGCUUGGCUCCGCUGCUACUCUGUGCCUGGCAUGAGCUGCCUCCGGGACAGGCAUGGCAGGACCAUUUGGUUCCAGGGCGAUCCUGGACCUCUGGCCCCCAAAGGAAGGACAUCCCAUAAGAAACGUGUAAAGGAAAAACCCAACCUUGAUGUUACUGAUUUAGAGGACUCUGUGUCUGUGCCAAAGAAGAAGGGCCCCAACAGAGCAAGGAGGCCAGGAAAGAAGCCACAGAAAGAAUCUUUUGAGCCAGAAGCCAAGGGAAAGGUGGCCUCAACUAGAGGACCCAAAACAUCCCCCAGGGAUGAGCCAGGAGUUCUGGAAGGAAAACAGCCGCUGGUGAGCCGAAAACGAACAGGCAGAACCAGGAAAAGGAAAGCCAAUUCCAAGGCCAAUGUCUCUCCAUCUUCCUUUCUGCUCCUUUCCCAGGAAGGGGAUGUCCCACCUGGAUCGUCUCCUCCCUGAAGUCUUUCAGCCCAAGGUGGCCAAGGAUCUCCUGUUCCUAGUCCUGCCCAAUGAUGGGGAUGGGAGGGUGGACCAGCCCAGGUCAAGGACAGCCAGGAGCCCUUGGCAAAGGCUAUGGGUCUAGAUUUUAGAGGGUGCGAGGCUUUUUGUGAUUCACAGAGUUUUCUUGGGUCCACACACAGUCCUGCCCAAAAGGCGCUCUUAACAUCUAACCAAUGUCUGAAAAUGAUGGACUUCUGUAGGUGGGGGCAGCGGAUGGGUGUCUGGAGGGUCAGGGAAAGCCCUGGAGCCCCACAUCCUCUCCAUGAAGGUCCCUCUGCCCUGCCCAUCCCAAGCUGGGACGGAACCCAGAUGCCUUCCUCCCACCUCAAUCAGGUGUCCUAGUCCCUUGUCCUCUGCUCUUCCCACCCGCAGGGCUGGCAAACUGGGAUGAUUUUAAAGCCUUAAACCAGAGUUUGGGAGAUGCUCUACUUUUUAUAUUGACAAUAAAAUCUGGCUAGAAA